GGCCGGGGCUCCCCUCUGAGCGGCCACAGCUCCUGCGCCUCCCCGGGGGCCCACCCCGUCGGCACCGCUGAGGCCAAGGACAGACAGACACUCUGCCCUCCCCCGCUUCAAGCCGGGAUCAUGACGGUCCCCAAGGAGAUUCCCGAGAAGUGGGCCCGGGCGGGGGCGCCUCCCUCUUGGAGCCGAAAGAAGCCCUCCUGGGGGACAGAAGAAGAAAGGAGGGCGCGGGCUAAUGACCGAGAAUACAAUGAGAAAUUCCAGUAUGCGAGUAACUGCAUCAAGACCUCCAAGUACAACAUCCUUACAUUCCUGCCUGUCAACCUCUUUGAGCAGUUCCAGGAAGUCGCCAACACUUACUUCCUGUUCCUUCUCAUUUUGCAGUUGAUCCCACAGAUCUCCUCCCUGUCCUGGUUCACCACCAUUGUGCCUUUGGUUCUUGUCCUCACCAUCACAGCUGUUAAAGAUGCCACUGAUGACUAUUUCCGCCACAAGAGUGACAACCAGGUGAAUAACCGGCAGUCUCAGGUGCUGAUCAAUGGAAUCCUCCAGCAGGAGCAGUGGAUGAAUGUCCGUGUUGGUGAUAUUAUCAAGCUAGAAAAUAACCAGUUUGUGGCGGCGGAUCUCCUCCUCCUCUCCAGCAGUGAGCCUCACGGGCUGUGUUACAUCGAGACAGCAGAGCUAGAUGGAGAGACCAACAUGAAGGUGCGUCAGGCAGUCCCAGUCACCUCGGAGCUGGGCGACAUCAGUAAGCUUGCCAAGUUUGAUGGCGAGGUGAUCUGUGAACCCCCCAACAAUAAGCUGGACAAAUUCAGCGGCACCCUCUAUUGGAAGGACAGCAAGCUGCCCCUGAGCAACCAGCACAUGCUGCUGCGGGGCUGCGUGCUGCGCAACACCGAGUGGUGCUUCGGCCUGGUCAUCUUUGCAGGUCCAGACACUAAGCUGAUGCAGAACAGUGGCAGGACAAAGUUCAAGAGAACAAGUAUUGACCGCCUGAUGAAUACACUGGUGCUCUGGAUUUUUGGCUUCCUGGUCUGCAUGGGGGUGAUCCUAGCCAUUGGCAAUGCCAUCUGGGAGCACGAGGUCGGGAUGCGCUUCCAGGUCUACCUGCCCUGGGACGAGGCAGUGGACAGUGCCUUCUUCUCCGGCUUCCUCUCCUUCUGGUCCUACAUCAUCAUCCUCAACACCGUUGUGCCCAUUUCACUCUAUGUCAGCGUGGAGGUCAUCCGCCUGGGCCACAGCUACUUCAUCAACUGGGACAAGAAGAUGUUCUGCACGCAGAAGCGGACGCCUGCCGAAGCCCGCACCACCACGCUGAGCGAGGAGCUGGGCCAGGUGGAGUACGUCUUCUCCGACAAGACAGGCACCCUCACCCAGAACAUCAUGGUCUUCAACAAGUGCUCCAUCGGCGGCCGCAGCUACGGUGACGUGUUCGACGUCUUGGGACACAAAGCUGAGCUGGGAGAGAGGCCUGGGCCCGUCGACUUCUCCUUUAAUCCUCUGGCUGACAAGAAGUUCUUAUUUUGGGACCCCAGCCUUUUGGAGGCCGUGAAGAUGGGGGACCCGCACACGCACGAGUUCUUCCGCCUCCUUUCCCUGUGUCACACUGUCAUGUCGGAGGAGAAGAGUGAAGGAGAGCUGUACUACAAAGCCCAGUCCCCGGACGAGGGGGCCUUGGUCACCGCAGCCAGGAACUUUGGCUUUGUGUUCCGCUCCCGCACCCCCAAAACAAUCACCGUCCACGAGAUGGGCACAGCCAUCACCUACCAGCUAUUGGCCAUCCUGGACUUCAACAACAUCCGCAAGCGGAUGUCAGUCAUAGUGCGGAACCCAGAGGGGAAGAUCCGACUCUACUGCAAAGGGGCCGACACCAUCCUGCUCGACAGACUCCACCACUCCACCCAGGAGCUGCUCAACACCACCGCUGACCACCUGAACGAGUACGCAGGGGAAGGGCUCAGGACCCUGGUGCUGGCCUACAAGGACCUGGAUGAAGAGUACUAUGAGGAGUGGGCCGAGAGACGGCUGCAGGCGAGCCUGGCCCAGGACAGCCGGGAGGACAGGCUGGCCAGCGUCUACGAGGAGGUGGAGAGCGACAUGAUGCUGCUGGGCGCAACGGCCAUUGAGGACAAGCUGCAGCAGGGAGUUCCCGAGACCAUCGCCCUCCUGACGCUGGCCAACAUCAAGAUCUGGGUCCUAACCGGAGACAAACAAGAGACGGCCGUGAACAUUGGCUACUCCUGCAAGAUGCUGACGGACGACAUGACGGAGGUGUUCAUAGUCACGGGCCACACCGUCCUGGAGGUGCGGGAGGAGCUCAGGAAAGCCCGGGAGAAGAUGGUGGACUCCCGCACCGUAGGCAACGGCUUCACCUACCAGGAAAAGCUUUCUUCUUCCAAGCUCACUUCGGUCCUGGAAGCCGUGGCUGGCGAGUACGCCCUGGUCAUCAAUGGCCACAGCCUGGCCCACGCACUGGAGGCAGACAUGGAGCUGGAAUUCCUGGAGACAGCGUGUGCCUGCAAAGCCGUCAUCUGUUGCCGGGUGACCCCCCUGCAGAAGGCACAGGUGGUGGAGCUGGUGAAGAAGUACAAGAAGGCCGUGACCCUGGCCAUUGGGGACGGAGCCAAUGACGUCAGCAUGAUCAAAACGGCUCACAUCGGUGUGGGCAUCAGUGGGCAGGAGGGCAUCCAGGCCGUCCUGGCCUCCGAUUACUCCUUCUCCCAGUUCAAGUUCCUGCAGCGCCUCCUGCUGGUGCAUGGGCGGUGGUCCUACCUGCGCAUGUGCAAGUUCCUCUGUUAUUUCUUCUACAAGAACUUUGCUUUCACCAUGGUCCACUUCUGGUUUGGAUUCUUCUGUGGCUUCUCAGCCCAGACCGUCUAUGACCAGUAUUUCAUCACCUUAUAUAACAUCGUGUACACCUCCCUCCCAGUCCUGGCCAUGGGGGUCUUUGAUCAGGAUGUCCCUGAGCAGCGGAGCAUGGAGUACCCUAAGCUGUACGAGCCCGGUCAGCUGAACCUGCUCUUCAACAAGCGGGAGUUCUUCAUCUGCAUCGCCCAGGGCAUCUACACCUCCGUGCUUAUGUUCUUUAUCCCCUAUGGGGUGUUUGCUGAGGCCACGCGGGACGAUGGCACACAGCUGGCCGACUACCAGUCUUUUGCAGUCACCGUGGCCACGUCGCUGGUCAUCGUGGUCAGCGUGCAGAUUGGGCUGGAUACAGGCUACUGGACGGCCAUCAACCACUUCUUCAUCUGGGGCAGCCUCGCUGUCUACUUUGCUAUCCUCUUCGCCAUGCACAGCAAUGGGCUGUUUGACAUGUUCCCGAACCAGUUCCGGUUUGUGGGAAAUGCCCAGAACACCCUGGCGCAGCCCACGGUGUGGCUGACCAUCGCGCUCACCACUGUCGUCUGUGUCAUGCCCGUGGUCGCCUUCCGAUUCCUCAGGCUCAGCCUGAAGCCGGACCUCUCCGACACGGUCCGCUACACACAGCUGGUCAGGAAGAAGCAGAAAGCCCAGCAUCGCUGCAUGCGGCGUGUUGGCCGCACGGGGUCCCGGCGCUCCGGCUAUGCCUUCUCCCACCAGGAAGGCUUCGGGGAGCUCAUCAUGUCUGGCAAGAACAUGCGGCUCAGCUCCCUCGCGCUGACGGGCUUCACUGCCCGCUCCAGCUCUAGCUGGAUCGAGAGCCUGCGCAGGAAGAAGAGUGACAGCGCCAGCAGCCCCAGCGGUGGGACGGACAAGCCCCUCAAGGGCUAGAGGCCAGAGCUACAGUGCCCUGAGCAGGUGACCGGAGCACGCGGGGCUGGCUGGUCUCCGAGGGGACAGUGUCUGGGAACUGCUGGUCCUCACUCCCUGCCUCCCCGCCGGACUGUCCUGCUGGGCCCUCCAGGGUGCUGGGGCAGCCCCUGGCUGAGGCCCCUCCCACCGGCUGGGAAGGUAAGGGGCGUGGGCCCCCAGGGCAGCGCGGGGGCGGAGGCCUGGGGCCCAGGUGUGGAACCAAAACCCAAGAAAAAACUGUGAGAGAUUGGGUCUGCCCUGUGCCCUUGCCCUGCCUGGGAGCCCACAGGGAGACUCACCUCUGUAUUUUUUUACUCCUGCUCCCCAAGAAGGGCCCUAGUGGCCCUUGUUCCUGAAUUACACAAGAAUGUAUCACGCCGGGAAGCCAGGGGCCCCUCCCGUGGCCCCUCUGUCCUCCAUUUGUGUUUGUAUCCGGUUUGUUUUGUCUUUUAUUUGGCAAGUGGAGGAGGCCUUUAUGUAACUUUUAUGUUGUGGUUGGUGUCUUAACUGGUGAGAAGAGGAAGCUGGCACACACCGGGGUGCCCCAGCCUGCUGGAGUGGUGUGGGAGGAGCCACAUCUGGGGUGGGGGGGCUCCAGCAGCUGGGGCUGUCCCCAAGACAGAGGAGCUGAUGAGGGGGGUGGUACCUGUCAGCCGGAGGGUGUUGGGAGAGUAGAGAGGAGGGUUUGGGCCUGUCUCCUUCCUCACCUUGAGAGUCAAGUGCUACCCUCUGCCCCCAGCAACGUCCCUGCCCAUGCUCCUAGACCCUGGGCUGGGGCCUGGGAAAGUGGCCCCAUCGGUUUUAGGGAGCCAGAGCUGGGUAUGACAUUUGUAGAGAACAAGGCAGUUUCCUUUCAUUUUAGAAAUCUAGGCCCAAGUUCAUUAGCAGACUCCCUCUGACUCCUCCCUCCUUGUCCAGCACUUUCUUAAACCUGUACCCCAGGGGAGGCCUGCCUGGAGGGGGACCUGGCCUCUGUGCCCUUCUCCUGGGAAACAAGGGGCCCCGGCCCUCUGGGCCCAGCACCCGGCAGAGGACGUAGAGCCGAGUGCUGGGUGGCCCAGGCCAGCAGCCCGCCUGCUCUGCACAGGGCUCAGUGGGAGCCUUGGCCCAGCCUGUCCUCUCCCUCUGCCACCCCUGCGAAGCUGUCCCCGGAAUUCGGUGUUGGCUGGGCGGCUGCUGCCUGAUCAGCCUUGGAAAGAACCCUUGCCUUCGAGUGCUGUGGAGCUGGGCGUGGGGUGUGCAGACCUCGACCAUCUGAUGCGGGGAGGUCCUGGAGCUGGAGGUGGCUGCGGCGGGGUGGGGAGGGCCUUGACAGGGAAGUCCCUUUGGCCACAGUUUACAAACCCAGGAUCAUGUCUGUCUGUGUGUCUCUCAAGGUGAGAGUGAUUUUUAUACCAAAGAGGAAUUUUUUUUUCAUAUUUGGUUUGUCUAUAUUAUAUAAAUAUAUAUAUACAAUUAUAUAUAUAUAUAUUAUUUUUUUGGUUCUCUCUCGUUUUUUAGGGAGGGAGGAAAGUACCAAGUUGCAUUGAGCUGUAAUUAAGGAACAUUCUGUAUAAUUUAUGACACAUUUCUAUACUUGCAAAAUUAUAUCAUUUUAUGGAUAUAAGAGAAAAAAUACCUUUUUAUAAAAUUCCAAUU